AUGGCGCCUUCACUUGAGGAAUACGAAAGGGUUGUAAGUAACCUCCAAGUCACCAGUGCUGCAAAACUUGGUCGCACAGUGGGCGAGAGUGACUUGGCUCUCGAAGAAUCGGAGCAACAUGGCAGAGUCCUGGGGGUCUUCCGAUGCCUCAUUGCAGAUUUGUGUGAGCAGUUCAAAGGAGGUCACCCUGGUGGUGCCAUGAGCAUGGCAGCUAUCGGUGUCGCCCUUUGGAAAUAUGUGAUGAGAUACUCACCCCUUAAGCCUUCACACUUCAAUAGAGAUCGAUUUGUGUUAUCAAAUGGCCACACAUGCUUGUUCCAAUACACAUUUAUGCAUCUGGUUGGGUACAAGUCAAUGACACUGGAUCAAUUGAAGUCAUAUCAUUCAAGAAAAGCCGAUUCUUUAUGCCCUGGUCAUCCCGAGAUUGAGAACGAAGGCAUCGAGGUGACAACUGGACCUCUUGGCCAAGGAGUCGCUAAUGCAGUCGGUCUAGCCAUGGCAACCAAGAAUCUAGGGGCCACCUAUAAUCGACCUGGCCACGACCUGGUGAAUAAUAUGACAUGGUGCAUGAUAGGUGACGCUUGUUUACAAGAAGGAGUUGCUCUAGAAGCCAUUCAGCUCGCUGGCCAUUGGAGGCUGAAUAAUCUUGUCAUUAUUUACGAUAAUAACCAGAUUACAUGCGACGGCUCGGUGGAUGUAGUAUGCUCAGAAGACAUCAACGUCAAAAUGAAAUCCUGCGGCUGGAAUGUCAUCGACGUAUUUGACGGUUGCUCAAAUGUGGUGGGUAUUACUCGAGCACUCAUCGCAGCACGGGAAAACCUAGACAUGCCCACUUUUGUGAAUGUCCGCACCGUCAUUGGGGUUGGUAGUGCUGUUGCUGGUGACGCAAAAGCUCAUGGUGCGGCCUUUGGCCCGGCCGAAGUCAAAAAUAUCAAGAAAGGGUUCGGGCUAGACCCUGACCAGCACUUUUACCUACCACAAGACGUGAAGGACUUCUUUGGGGAAAUCCGGAGUCUUGGAAACUCUUAUCAGCGAGAAUGGGACGCUAAAAUCAAUGCUUAUGAGCGAGCCUAUCCUGAUCUAGCACGAGAAUUCACGUUGAGAAUGCAAGGCAAGCUUACGGCAGACUGGCGAGCCUUGAUUCCAGUGAAGGGUGACCUUCCUACAACACCGACCGCUUCGAGGAAAUCGGCUGGUCUAAUUUGUAACCAGCUCGCUACCAACCUCAAUCACAUGAUGGUUGGUACGGCUGAUUUGACACCUUCAGUCAAUAUGUCAUGGAAAGGACACGUUGAUUUCCAACACCCCGAUCUGAAAACAGCCUGCGGCCUGACAGGCGAUUACAGUGGCCGAUAUAUCCACUAUGGCAUUCGCGAGCAUGCCAUGACAUCUAUCGCCAACGGUCUAGCUGCGUUCAAUAAAGGAACUUUUCUUCCUGUCACGUCAACAUUCUUCAUGUUUUACAUAUAUGCCGCCGCUGGUGUGCGUAUGGGAGCGCUUCAAGGGCUUCAACAAAUUCAUAUCGCUACACAUGACUCAAUCGGAACCGGCGAGGACGGACCGACACAUCAGCCUAUCGCACUUCCUGCUCUCUAUCGUGCCAUGCCAAACGUCCUGUACAUUCGACCUUGUGAUUCCGAAGAAGUGGCCGGAGCCUUCAUUGCUGCUUUCGAGGCUACAAGCACACCUAGUAUCAUAUCACUUUCUCGCCAGAAUCUAAUUCAGUAUCCCCGGUAUUCGAGUCGCGAUGGGGUGCAACAUGGUGCUUACGUCUUUAUUGAGGAAGCGGAUGCAAACGUUACGUUGAUUGGAGUUGGCUCUGAAAUGUCUUUCGCAGUGCAGACCCGCGAGGUCCUCUCUAAGCAUAGGAUCAGGGCUCGGAUAGUUAGCUUCCCAUGCCAAAGACUCUUUGGCAUACAGACGCCAGCCUACCGUGAGUCUGUCAUGCAAUAUAGCCGCAAUAUACCUGUGGUUGUGAUUGAGGCGUAUGCAGUGAAUGGCUGGGAGAGAUAUGCGGAUGCCGGGUUCAGUAUGUCCAGUUUCGGCAAGUCCUUGCCUGGUGAUGCGGCAUAUGAGCAUUUCGGCUUUCAAGGUGAUUCAAUAGCAGAAAAGGUUCGUGGUUUACUUGAAAGAGUCGACCAGAACGGCUUGAACUCAUUGAGAGGGAGUUUUCAGGAUCUGAACGGCGUGAUGAGUAUCGGACCUGAAGCGGAUUGA